CCUCCAUCCCUUUGAUGCCAAAUUUCACUACUAGUCUAAUUCCUUCAUCAUCAUCAUCAUCAUCCCCAGUCUUCACCAGUUUCCUAUCUUUUUCCACCGUCAGCGAGUAGAGGCGACCUCUCGGCUUGUUUGAACCUAUCCGGCUCUUUGAAAUUAGUUUGUGAGAGUCAAGGAUAGAGUGUGGCGCUUUAAGAGGCAGAAUCUGAGCAUUGCUUGAAUGGUCUAAAGUGAAACGCCUAGGUAGUUAUUGUGAUUCACUAAGUUACCCAAGAAGUUCCUCCCGUUCUCCUUUGACUUCCUAUUGUGAUCAUAUAUGGGCUGAAUGCACAUUUCAUGGGAGGUGUAGAGGAUGAUGAACCACCCUCAAAACGCAUGAAAGCAUCUACUAGAAAACUAAAAGGUCUUUCAAACGGCUUGUCUUUCAAAGAACCUGCAAGUUGCUCAUCGAUGGCUCGACCCCUUGCUUCUCAAGGGGACACUGAAGUUAUUGGUUCCAAAGGAGUUAAAAAAGUAGAGUUUGUUCGAAUUAUAGCCGAUGCAUUAUAUUCUCUAGGGUAUAGUAAAACUGGAGCUUGUCUUGAAGAAGAGUCAGGAAUACCUUUUCACUCAUCUGCUGUUAGUAACUUCAUCCAACAAGUCCUUGAUGGAAAUUGGGAUGGAAGUUUAGCUUCUUUACAUAAAAUUGGUUUAGUGGAUGAAUCUAUAAUUAAGUCGGCAUCCUUUAUAAUACUACAACAGAAAUUCUUUGAACUUUUGGAUAGUGAAAAGCUAAUGGAAGCUUUGAAAACACUGAGGACUGAGAUUUCGCCUCUUUCAAUUAACAGCAAUAGAGUUCGUGAGCUUUCUUCCUUUAUUUUGUCUCCUACAUACAAGAUUAAUGAUGGAAUGUCUGAUCAGCGAAAGGUCAAACCAAAGCCUCGUUCAGAGCUACUUGAGGAAUUGCAAAAAUUGUUUCCUCCAACUGUCAUGAUACCUGAUAGAAGAUUGCUACAUUUAGUAGAACAAGCUCUUGACUUGCAACGGGAAGCUUGUUUGUUUCAUAAUGCUUCGGUUGGGGAAAUGUCAUUGUUCACCGAUCAUCAUUGUGGAAGAGAUCAGAUUCCUUCACAAACAGUUCAGAUCUUACAAGACCACCAUGAUGAAGUCUGGUACUUACAAUUUUCUCACAAUGGCAAAUACUUAGCGUCAUCGUCAAGUGAUAAUUCAGCAAUUAUUUGGGAGGUUGGUUUGGAUGGUAAAGUCACAUUAAAACAUAGAUUAAUUGGCCACCAAAAAUCAGUUUCUAGCAUUUCAUGGAGCCCAGGUGAUGAUCAGAUCCUCACAUGUGGUGUAGAGGAAGUUGUCAGGCGUUGGGAUGUUAACUCUGGUGAAUGCCUUCAUGUUUAUGAAAAGGGCCUUCUUGGUUUAGUCUCAUGUAGUUGGUCUCCAGAUGGUAAAUGUGUGUUUUCGGGGUUGACUGAUAAAAGCAUAAUAAUGUGGGAUUUGGAUGGAAAAGAGAUAGAAUGUUUAAAGGGUCAAAAAACUAUUAAAAAUUCUGACUUGCAAAUAACAAGUGAUGGGAAGUUGAUAAUUACCGGUUGUAAGGAAACCAUGAUACUGCUGAUUGACAGAGAAUCAAGAACUGAAAGAUGCAUAGAGGAAGAACAGAUGAUAGUUUCAUUUACAUUAUCUAGGGACAACAAGUACCUGUUGGUUAGUCUCUCGAAUGAAGAAUUACAUCUUUGGAGUAUCCAGGGCCAUAUUCGUCUUGUUGCAAAGUAUAAAGGUCAUAGACGGUCUCGUUUUAUCGUUAGGGCUUGCUUUGGUGGACUUGAGCAAGCAUUUAUUGCUAGUGGCAGUGAAGAUUCUCAGGUUUAUAUAUGGCACAGAGGAUCAGGGGAGCUAAUCGAGACACUGGAAGGUCAUUCUGGGGCUGUAAACUGUAUCAGCUGGAAUCCAGCAAAUCCACAUAUGUUGGCCUCAGGAAGUGAUGAUCGUUCAAUACGCAUAUGGGGACUAAAACAGUUACAUUCAAAACGGAAAGGUAAAGAAAAAUUGCCAACAGACAAUGGGAAUCACUACUGCAAUGGAAAUACAAUUUGAACAACUUGUUUUCUGUGUAAAUACUUGACUUCCUUACUCACCGCUGGAUAUUCGUAAUUGUAAUUUGAACCUCAAAUCCAUCUUUAUCAUCCUAAUAAAUGUUCUCUACUGCUUUUGUGUGUGCUAA